UCCCCUCUCUCCCCUCUGGAGAGACACCUCCCUUGGCGCCUGUCAACUCUGCCUUCAGCCUCCCCCGCAACUCUCAUUUCCGUCUGAAUUGUCCUUUCACUUCCGGUUUAGGGGAUUCAGCGGAAAGCAAGAGCAGAGUCUGGGAUGAUGGAGUGCAUCGUGGAGCCGCAGAAGUCAGCCCGGGGGAUUUCUCAACUAGAUGACGGCUCUCUUUCUGACAUAGGACGUGGCCGUCACGGGUGUUCGCACUAUAGAAGGAGAUGCAAGAUAAUAGCACCCUGUUGCAAUGAAAUAUUCGAUUGCAGACAUUGCCAUAAUGAAUCUAAGAAUUCGAUUGAACUGGACCCUGUUGAGCGCCAUGACCUUCCUCGUCACGAUUUAAAGAGAGUUAUCUGCUCCUUGUGUAGCACCGAGCAAGAUGUUCAACAGAUGUGCAUUCAGUGCGGUGUUUGCAUGGGGAACUACUUCUGCUCCAAGUGCAAGUUUUUUGAUGACGAUGUAUCAAAGAAUCAGUACCAUUGCGAUGAAUGUGGCAUCUGCAGAAUUGGGGGCGAGGAGAAUUUUUUCCACUGCAACAAAUGUGGAUGUUGCUAUUCAACACUGUUAAAGGACUCACACCGUUGUGUGGAAAAAGCCAUGCAUCAGAAUUGUCCUGUUUGCUUUGAGUUUCUUUUUGACACCACAAAAGACAUUACUGUAUUGCGAUGUUGUCACUCUAUCCAUCUGGAAUGUGUGAAAGAAAUGGCGCGGCAUUUCCAGUAUUCUUGUCCUGUUUGCUCAAAAUCUUUUUGUGACAUGUCGCGCGUGUGGGAGAGACUGGAUCAUGAGGUUGCAUCAACACCUAUGCCAGAUAUAUAUCAAAAUAAGAUGGUCUGGAUUCUGUGCAAUGAUUGUGGGGAAACAUCAGAGGUGAGCUUUCACGUUUUGGCGCAUAAGUGUCUAAAAUGUAAAUCCUACAACACCAGACUGACGCAAGGUGGACCUGCUUCAUCAUGUUCAUCCAACGUUGAAGACGUGCUGCAGUGAUUACAUCACGAUCUGGUUGCUCAUUUCAAAUAGUUUAGGGCUGUUAUGUUUACUGUGAGCCCGGAAUAACAUAAAAAUAAGUGGCUUAGUUAAUGUUCUUGUGCUAGUGAUGACAAAGCCAUGAUUUAGUUCUUAAGAGUAGUUGGACUGAUGCUCCGCUCACUAACUUAAAUUCCUUGAUCAAGUUACGUAAGUGCAACUUAUCAUAAUUUCGCUCUCUUUUUAA